CCACCUUUUCACUUGUUUUAGAUGCCAGACCAGUUUGACCAGGCAGUUGUGCUAAACCAGCUGCGCUACUCGGGGAUGUUGGAGACGGUGAGAAUCCGCAAAGCUGGGUACGCAGUGCGAAGACCCUUCCAGGAUUUUUACAAAAGGUAUAAAGUGCUGAUGCGGAACCUGGCUCUCCCCGAGGACGUCCGAGGGAAGUGCACGGCCCUGCUGCAGCUCUACGACGCCUCCAACAGCGAGUGGCAGCUGGGGAAGACCAAGGUCUUUCUUCGAGAAUCCUUGGAGCAGAAGCUGGAGAAACGUCGAGAGGAAGAAGUUACCCAGGCGGCCAUGGUGAUCCGCGCCCACAUCUUGGGCUACUUGGCACGAAAGCAGUACAGGAAGGUCCUUUAUUGUGUGGUAGUAAUCCAGAAGAAUUAUAGAGCAUUCCUUCUGAGGAGGAGAUUUUUGCACCUGAAAAAAGCAGCCAUCGUUUUCCAGAAGCGACUCAGAGGUCAGAUUGCUCGUAGAGUUUACCGACAACUGCUGGCCGAGAAGCAGGAGCAAGAAGAAAAGAAGAAACGGGAGGAAGAAGAAAGAGAAAGAGAGAGAGCCCGAAGAGAAGCUGAGCUCCACGCCCAGCAGGAGGAAGAAGCAAAGAAGCAGCGAGAGCUCGAAGCCUUGCAGAGGAGCCAGAAGGAGGCAGAGCUGACCCAGGAACUGGAGAGGCAGAAAGAAAACAAGCAGGUGGAAGAGAUCCUCCGCCUGGAGAAGGAGAUCGAGGACCUGCAGCGCAUGAAGGAGCAGCAGGAGCUCUCGCUGACCGAGGCCUCCCUGCAGAAGCUGCAGCAGCUGAGGGACGAGGAACUCCGGAGGCUGGAAGACGAAGCCUGCCGCGCCGCCCAGGAGUUCCUCGAGUCCCUCAACUUCGACGAGAUCGACGAGUGUGUGCGGAACAUCGAGCGCUCCCUGUCCCUGUCCGUCGAGCUCGGCGAGCUGGCCGAGAGCGCGAGCGGGGACAAGCCCAGCUUCAACUUCAGCCAGCCCUACCCGGAGGAGGAGGUGGAUGAGGGCUUCGAGGCCGACGACGACGCCUUCAAGGACUCCCCCAACCCCAGUGAGCACGGCCACUCGGACCAGCGCACAAGUGGCAUCCGCACCAGCGACGACUCUUCCGAGGAGGACCCCUACAUGAACGACACGGUGGUGCCCACCAGCCCCAGUGCGGACAGCACGGUGCUGCUCGCCCCGUCCGGCCACGACUCCUCCAGCGGGGAGUCCACCUACUGCAUGCCCCAGAACACCGGGGACCUGCCCUCCCCGGACGGCGACUACGACUAUGACCAGGACGACUAUGAGGAUGGUGCCAUCACCUCCGGCAGCAGCGUGACCUUCUCCAACUCCUGCGGUAGCCAGUGGUCCCCAGACUACCGCUGCUCUGUGGGGACCUACAACAGUUCCAGCGCCUACCGCUUCAGCUCCGAAGGGGCACAGUCCUCGUUUGAAGAUAGCGAAGAGGACUUUGACUCUAGAUUUGACACAGAUGAUGAGCUCUCUUACCGGCGCGACUCUGUGUACAGCUGUGUCACGCUGCCGUACUUCCACAGCUUCCUGUACAUGAAAGGUGGCUUAAUGAACUCCUGGAAGCGCCGCUGGUGUGUCCUCAAGGACGAAACCUUCCUGUGGUUCCGCUCCAAGCAGGAGGCGCUCAAGCAAGGCUGGCUCCACAAAAAAGGCGGAGGUUCCUCUACACUAUCCAGGAGAAAUUGGAAGAAGCGCUGGUUUGUUCUCCGCCAGUCCAAGCUGAUGUACUUUGAAAAUGACAGCGAGGAAAAGCUCAAGGGCACCGUAGAAGUCCGGACGGCAAAAGAGAUCAUAGAUAACACCAGCAAAGAGAAUGGGAUUGAUAUCAUUAUGGCCGAUAGGACCUUCCACCUGAUCGCCGAGUCCCCGGAAGAUGCCAGCCAGUGGUUCAGCGUGCUCAGUCAGGUCCACGCGUCCACCGACCAGGAGAUUCGGGAGAUGCACGACGAGCAGGCGAACCCGCAGAACGCCGUGGGCACUUUGGAUGUGGGGCUGAUUGAUUCCGUGUGCGCCUCCGACAGCCCCGAUAGACCCAAUUCUUUUGUGAUCAUCACGGCCAACCGGGUGCUGCACUGCAACGCCGACACGCCAGAGGAGAUGCACCACUGGAUCACGCUGCUGCAGAGGUCCAAGGGGGACACCAGAGUGGAGGGCCAGGAAUUCAUAGUGAGAGGGUGGUUGCACAAAGAAGUAAAGAACAGUCCGAAGCUGUCCUCCCUGAAACUGAAGAAACGGUGGUUUGUGCUGACUCACAAUUCCCUGGAUUACUACAAGAGCUCAGAGAAGAACGCUCUGAAGUUGGGCACGCUGGUCCUCAACAGCCUCUGCUCGGUCGUACCUCCCGACGAGAAGAUCUUCAAAGAAACAGGCUACUGGAACGUCACCGUGUAUGGGCGCAAGCACUGUUACCGGCUCUACACCAAGCUGCUCAAUGAGGCCACCAGGUGGUCCAGCGCCAUUCAAAAUGUGACUGACACCAAGGCCCCGAUUGACACCCCCACCCAGCAGCUGAUUCAAGAUAUCAAGGAGAACUGCCUGAACUCGGAUGUGGUGGAGCAGAUCUACAAGCGGAACCCGAUCCUUCGAUAUACCCAUCACCCCCUGCAUUCUCCACUGCUGCCGCUUCCCUACGGAGACAUAAAUCUCAACUUGCUCAAAGAUAAAGGCUACACAACCCUUCAGGAUGAAGCCAUCAAGAUAUUCAAUUCCCUUCAGCAACUGGAAUCCAUGUCUGACCCUAUUCCAAUAAUCCAGGGCAUCCUACAGACAGGGCAUGACCUCCGACCUCUGCGAGAUGAGCUGUAUUGCCAACUCAUCAAACAGACCAACAAAGUGCCCCAUCCCGGCAGCGUGGGCAACCUGUACAGCUGGCAGAUCCUGACAUGCCUGAGCUGCACCUUUCUGCCAAGUCGAGGGAUUCUCAAGUAUCUCAAGUUCCAUCUGAAAAGGAUACGGGAACAGUUUCCGGGGACCGAGAUGGAAAAAUACGCCCUCUUCAUUUAUGAAUCUCUUAAGAAAACAAAAUGCAGAGAGUUUGUGCCUUCCCGAGAUGAAAUAGAAGCUCUGAUCCACAGGCAGGAAAUGACAUCCACAGUGUAUUGCCAUGGCGGAGGCUCCUGCAAGAUCACCAUCAACUCCCACACUACAGCUGGGGAGGUAGUGGAGAAGCUGAUCAGAGGCCUGGCGAUGGAGGACAGCAGGAACAUGUUCGCCUUGUUUGAGUACAACGGACACAUGGACAAAGCCAUUGAAAGCCGAACCAUCGUAGCUGACGUCUUAGCAAAGUUUGAAAAGCUGGCUGCCACCUCAGAGGCGGGGGACCUGCCGUGGAAGUUCUACUUCAAACUUUACUGCUUCCUGGACACAGACAACGUGCCAAAAGACAGUGUGGAAUUUGCAUUUAUGUUUGAACAGGCCCAUGAAGCAGUGAUCCAUGGCCACCAUCCAGCCCCUGAAGAAAACCUCCAGGUUCUGGCUGCCUUGCGCCUCCAGUACCUGCAGGGGGAUUAUACUCUGCACGCUGCAGUCCCACCUCUCGAAGAGGUUUAUUCCCUGCAGAGACUUAAGGCCCGCAUCAGCCAGUCAACCAAAAGCUUCACCCCGUGCGAGCGGCUGGAGAAGAGGCGGACGAGUUUCCUGGAGGGGACACUGAGGCGGAGCUUCCGGACGGGCUCCGUCGUACGGCAGAAGGUCGAGGAGGAGCAGAUGGUGGACAUGUGGAUUAAGGAAGAAGUCUCCUCUGCUCGGGCCAGUAUCAUUGACAAGUGGAAGAAAUUUCAGGGAAUGAACCAGGAACAGGCCAUGGCCAAGUACAUGGUUUUGAUCAAGGAAUGGCCUGGCUACGGGUCGACACUCUUUGAUGUGGAGUGCAAGGAGGGUGGCUUUCCCCAGGAACUCUGGUUGGGCGUCAGCGCAGAUGCCGUCUCCGUCUACAAGCGUGGGGAGGGAAGACCGCUAGAAGUCUUCCAGUAUGAACACAUCCUCUCUUUUGGGGCACCCCUGGCAAAUACAUACAAGAUCGUAGUUGAUGAGCGGGAGCUGCUCUUUGAAACCAGUGAGGUGGUGGACGUGGCCAAGCUCAUGAAGGCGUACAUCAGCAUGAUCGUGAAGAAGCGCUACAGCACCACGCGCUCCCUGAGCAGCCAGGGCAGCUCCAGGUGA